GGGAGGCUUUACUGUAUAAUUAUAAAGCAACCCACGGUUCUUGCUCAAUUAGAACAAGAAUCUAUACAAUGACCACUUACAAGUAAGUAGCCAAGCUCCACUAGCGACAUUUCUAACAUCAAGAUCCUCCAAAACCUACAAGCUUUCCAAUGGCAAAGAAAUCCCAGCGGUCGGACUCGGCACCUGGCAAUCGCCCUCAGAGCAGGUGUACAGCGCCGUGAUCUCUGCCCUCAAAGCUGGCUACAGACACAUAGACACUGCCUGGGCGUACCAAAACGAAACUGCAGUUGGCAAAGCCAUUAAAGACUCGGGAGUGCCUCGUGAAGAGAUAUUUGUCACCACUAAAUUGGCACCAAUCCAGCAAGUCAAUGCAGCCACCGCAAUCGACGAAUCGUUGAAAAACCUCGGAUUGGAAUAUGUUGACUUAUACUUGAUGCAUUGGCCAAUAGCAUUGAACCCAGAAAAUAAGAGUCAUCCGUUCAUUCCAUUAUUGCCCAGUGGAAAGCGUGAUAUAUUAUUGGACUGGGAUUUCGUUGAAGGCUACGAGGAACUCCAAAAAAUACACGCCUUAGGUAAGGCAAAGUCUAUCGGUGUGUCCAACUUUAGCGUUACUAACUUGAAGAAGUUAUUGGCUGAUCCAAGGACAAAGAUCAGGCCGGUGGUGAAUCAAGUAGAAUUGCACCCAUACUUACCUCAACACAAAUUGCUUGCGUAUGCCAAACAAGAGGACAUUCUCUUACAAGCAUAUUCGCCAUUGGGCUCUACAGACCUGCCAUUGCUUACCGACGAGGUCAUUUUGGAACUUGGCAAAAAGUAUGAAGUAGCUCCAGCAACGAUCUUAAUCAGUUGGGCAGUGUGGAGAGGCACUGUGGUUUUACCAAAAUCAGUCACAUCUUCAAGAAUUGAGAGCAACUUUAACAUCGUUACCUUGUCUGAUGAAGACGGUAAGAAGAUUGACAAUAUUCACGUUAACAAGGGAAUUCAAAGAUUGAUUAUGCCUGAAUGGUCCCCUGUUGUGGUCUUUGAUAGCAAUGAGUGAUUAUUGUGCUCCUUGGUGGAUCUUGUGGAGCAGCAUUACAGACAAUUUAAGUUUGCUUAGUAUUGGACACAUAUACAAAAGAUAUUAAAUAAUGAAACAAAGAACCCGUCAAUGUUAAUUCGUAAUUCAUGUAAAGUAGAAAGG